AGUGAAAGGGUGGUUCACAGAAUGGAACUGGUUUUGCAUAACUUCUGGCUCGGCUUCAAGAGCUGGUUUGACACACAGGCGCGUUAAUACAGUUACAUGUUGGAACUGGUUUCCACGCCCUGUGCCCCAGUGCCGUGCCCCAAUCACGUAAUUAGUCCAAUCGUUCACUUUGUAACCUGCCACAGAGAAAGUACCCACGCAGCGAGGUCGAGCUGGCUGCUGCAAGAAGAGACAAGUGGGGAAAAGGGUCAUCACACUCUCGACGGGUCCGCACUCUCCAGAACUCCACAAAGUGUACCGAUUCAGUCCUGAAUAUUCCACGUUAAUCUCUGUAAACAUGAACCUAUCUUCCCACAUCUCUUCCCUGGGUGAUGAAUAUAAAUCUAAGGAUUAUGUUGAGCCCCACUAUAAGGAGUGGUAUCGUUUAGCUAUCGAUAAGCUCGUGGAUGAAGGUAUCCUUGGCUAUGAAGAAUUUCUUGCAAAGGAAGGGCUGGGCCAGUUCCUGGCUGAGGAGGAGCUUUAUUUUAUCAAGGACAAUGUCAAGAAGUUGUUUUCAUCAAGCAUCAGUACUCCCGUGGAUGACACAGAUGGCUCUUCCUCUGGCACCUACUGGCCCGUUCAGUCUGACACAGAAGCCCCAGACUUAGACCUGGGAUGGCCUUACGUUAUAAAAGGCCUGGAGACCGAAACCAAAAUUGAUCUGCGUUUUCAUCCACCAAGGGAGGACUCGCCCAUGAUCAAGGAGAUAGUGAGGAAGCUCAUCAAGAAUGGACGGCAGGUCAUUGCUAUUGUUAUGGAUAUAUUCACUGACGUAGACAUCUUCAAGGACGUGCUGGAUGCUGCUGCCAGGGGUGUUCCAGUCUACAUUGUGCUUGAUGACUCCAACUUCAAACAUUUUACUACCAUGUGUGAGAAACAAGGGGUUCACCUCCAGAGGCUGAUGAACAUCCGGAUCCGAACAGUCAAGGGAUUGGAUUACCUUUGCAGAUCAGGAAGCAAGUUCCAUGGAAAGAUGAUGGAGAAAUUCCUUCUGGUAGAUUGUAAGACAGUGGUAUAUGGAACAUACAGUUUCAUGUGGUCUUUUGAAAAGAUAAACCUCAGUAUGGUGCAGGUGAUCUCUGGACAACUGGUGGAAUCGUAUGAUGAAGAGUUUCGGACUUUAUACGCCCGCUCAGACAUCCCCAGCAUGUUUUUAACAGAAAGUUCGGGACUACUGGCGGAGAAAAGGAAAUCGUUAAUCUUGCAAAAUGGUAUCAACCGUGAGUUCUAUCAGCAUUCUGUGACAUCGAUUGCUUCAUCUUCCAGCCAGCAGCAGCCCUUCAGUAGAAUGAACCCCACAAGGCACACCCUUGACACCUUGUACCAAAAGUUUUAUGGAAGACGCAACGUACAACAAAAUGAGUGGGAUAAUAUUAGUCACAAAUCGAACACUCGGACGUUGUAUGGCAAGCCUCCCAUUACAAAUGAGGUGGAUGCAACGAAUAGAAUUAGCCGCCUCCAGGGUUACGAGAAGAGUGAUUUUUGGAAGAGGCAUAGCUAUGCUGGCGAGCAGCAAGAAACAUCACCUUACCUUUUGUUGAGUCGAUCAACAAACCCCAAGCCCUUAUUUCAACGAAGCAGUCAUAACUUACUGGAGGAAAACGAAAGUGUUAGCUCUUCGAUCCGGGGGGAUUUUAUACCCCGUUCCCACGGCAAAACGUUUGACCAGUGGAAUCAAGGCAGAAUGAUGCCAACUUUUGAAAGAAGCUCCAACAUUCGGAGCACUUACCACGGGCCUAGGACACUCCAUUUGCCCGCCAACCACAAGCUACCUACCCUAGAAAGUAUGAAAAGGGCAGGGUUACGGAACUGGAGGAUUGAAAGUUACCUCAGUGAUCCUGCUGUAUCGCAAACAAACUCAAUCAUUGACCCGUACGAACAUACUACUCCCAGCAUGAUCGACAGGGGCGAGAACCCCACUGGCCACAGGAUGCAAGGAAAUUCAGAAUUAAUGGGCAGGACAGAAGUGAAAACCAGCCCCACUCUGUUGCAAUCCAGGUUGCGUUCUUCACUGGUGUACAAUGCUCCUUUAAUGGCAGAGGAGUAUGUUGGCAGUCAUAACUCUGAAUCAACUACUUCAACUAUAGGUCCAGAUUCAGGGUCAACAACUCCUCAAGGUCUUGCCACAAACAAAGGUGUGCAUUCUCUGUUCAACUCAGAUAAACAGAAUUCGUUGGAACAUUUGAAAGUUCCAGCUGAGGCAGGAUUGGGACAGCGACCUUUUCAAAGCAAUGCUGAAUUUAAUCAAUCUUCUAACCUCCAACGUCAACAUAGUUUCAGUCAGAGAUUCCAAGCACAAUUGAAUGAGCAAAGCUCAAUGCGCAAGCCAACUUUUAAUUCCUCUGUUGGCAGGACGUUAUCAAUCCCAACUCUAAACCACACGAAGGGAAAUGAAACUCCAGGAGUCUGGCCUUUGGAGAGAAAUGGCAAAACACUUGAACAACAUCCAACUUUUAUCAGGAGAAGCUCAGAGAAAAUCAAGUCUCUCCUCAAUAUCUCACACGAGAAAAGAGAUCAUGGACUGAGAAGUAGAGGGUCAGAUGCAUCCAGCAAAAUGAGUGGCAGUGCUGAUACUUUGACCUCUGAGGAUGAUCAUCAUAAUAAGAGAAAGGUAACAAAGUUUGCAUGGAAUGAGCAAAAGGUUCGGACGGCAAGCAUAUCUUCAAACUCCACGAACACUCCAAGAGUUACUCGAUCUAAUAGAAAUGUGCUGUCAAGUUCAGAUGUCCACUUGCACGAGAAUGAGUUCAGGACAAUGGGAGAUGCAUCCGCACCACGAUUUUCCACAGAAGAGUUGCACAUAAAAGAAGAGGGUACAAGUUCCAGUCCCUCUAAGUCCUACUCUUCUCGUGUAAACACCAAACCUGAGGAGCCCCAAGCCAAGGUCACCACCACAAGGGCACAGUACAAUCCCAAUGAGCGGAAAGUUUACAGCCGUUUUGAAAAGUUGUACACACCACAAAAUAGCAACUCGACACGGGAAGAAAAGGUUUCGAAUCCAUUGCCAAUACAUCCAUUAGCUGGCAACCGAAAUACCUCAGUUGGUAAUGACUCACGCCAUGGUUCAAGAUUAUUUAUGGUUCAUGGAAACCGUGCACACCAAACAGCUCCCCAGAACGAAAACAAGUUUGAAAAAUUUAUGCAGAGGUUUGUGGGGACAUUCAGAUCUAAAAGAUAAGGAAGGAAAACCUUUCCUCUGAGAUUGCUCUUGCCACACUCACACUCAUGCUGAUGUUAACAAAUCUAAUACAAUGCAACAACCCUAAGAUAGUGCUAAAAUUGCACUAAGCAUAAUUGUUCAAAUGCAACAACGAUGCUGUAAGAGGUAUUGCAAAAUGCAAUGCCUUUUGUUUGACUGGUUCUAUAUUUUUAUCUUAUUGUAAAAUAAUGCCUUAAGAAAGUUAGGAUUAUUGAGUUUCAUUGAUUUAGGAUUUGCCAUUUACUGCAAUAGAGGCAUGAACCCCUUCAGUUACCAGUGGGGGAAUAAGCUGACUGCUAACUGGGAUGUUAGCUUUCAUAAGUCGGGGGACCGAGUUUAAGAGCCGCGAAGUGAUGAUGCAGCUUUACAAAACUCUGGUUAGGCCACACUUGGAGUACUGUGUCCAGUUCUGGUCGCGACGUUAUAGGAAGGAUGUGGAGGUGUUGGAAAGGGUGCAGAGGAGAUUUACCAGGAUGCUGCCUGGAUUGGAGAGUAUGGAUUAUGGGGAGAGAUUAAAGGAGCUAGGGCUGUUCUCAUUGGAGAGAAGGAGGAUGAGAGGAGACAUGAUAGAGGUAUACAAGAUAUUGUGAGGAAUAGAUAGAGUGGACAGCCAGCGCCUCUUUCCCAGGGCACCAAUACUCAAAACAAGAGGGCAUGGCUUUAAGGUAAUGGGUGGGAAGUUCAAGGGUGAUGUCAGAGGGAGGUUUUUCACCCAGAGAGUGGUUGGUGCAUGGAAUGCGCUGCCUGGGGUGGUGGUGGAGGCUGAUACAUUGGACAAAUUCAAGAGAUUGUUAGGUAAGCAUAUGGAGGAAUUUAAGUUGGAGGGAUAUGUGGGAGGAAGGGGUUAGAUAGUCUUAGGUGUGGUUUGAAGGGUGGCACAACAUGGUGGGCCGAAGGGCCUGUAUUGUGCCGUAUUGUUCUAUGGUUCUAUGAACAUCGGAGGCAUUAGAGGGUUAAAGAGAUGUCUGUGACAAAGUAUUUAAGCCAAGCACCAGGUUAGCUGGCAUUUGGGUCAGAACAUCACCUUGUGUGAAGGAGCUGAAGUCAAUGCAGGAGUCAACUAUCUAAAGGUAGUUGAACAGUUGAUUCUCCUGUUUGUACUCAUUGAGGAAGUUGGAUGGUAUUUUGUAUUGGCUCGUGCUUCAGUUGACAACCUUUCUCAGUUGGGAAUAUCCACAGGCAGUGCUCAUGUUGAUUUCAAGCAGGGAUACUCGCCAUCUCCCGGUCAAUGCUACUGGAGCCGGACCCUGAUACAUCUUAGGACAAUGGCUCACUUUCUCAAGAGAUCAACAGCUAUAGAGCAGCAUUCAUUGGAGAGAAGAAAACACCUCUGAGGACCUCACCUAAAGAAAGCAAGCGUGGUGCCAGUCCAAGCUGACAAUAUUGUGAGAGGUGGCAUCUUCUGGAGGUCCCCCUUAGUCUGGUGCAGGAAGGGUAGGAACACACUGAGACCAAGCAGAGCAGCAACCAUUGGUGCAGGAGGGACUGAGAGGAAAGAACGGAGGGUGAGGACGGCUCCUGCAGACACAGGCCCUCUCUCCUCCUCUCCCACCACCACUAUUGCCAACUGCACCCUCUUCCUCAGAUUGUGAGACACUGUGGAGAGUUCCACCGUGCGUCAGCCACACCAUCAGUAUCAGCUGCCCCUACACUACUCCACAGAAGUCGCACUUAAUCACCCCUUGAGUCCUAGCACGAACCUGGGUAGAAAUUCAUCCUCGGACAAUUGUACUCAGUAUUCAAUAAGGUAAUACUCAGUCCCCUUCCAAACUUUGCCUGUAGCACAGACAAGCCAAAAUUUGAAAGCGGAACAUUAGCUACACCACCAAAUUAUGAAUUUGGUACAUUCAGCUAAGGAUACCUUCCGACACUGAAGUUUGAGAGUCCAUUUUCGUGCAUCUGAACAAGUUUAAGUUGUGGUAAUCAGCAAUUAGCAGAGAAACCGUACACAAAUACAGAAUUUGACCCAUUUGUGCACUCUGUCAUCAUUAUACCUUCCUGGUCAUCUCUUUGACAUUCAGACACCCUAUAUUUUCCCUUGAGAGGCUUCUUUCCAUAUUAUUCCAGUAGUCUAGACAGUAAACUAGUUGUAAUGGAAUAUGUACAAUCAGGGAAACUCCAGCCUGAACAUCCUCUGGUAUUCUUGAGAAAUUGGGCAUCAUUAUUCCUGGGAAAGGACUAACCUGGAAUUUUCACUGGGAACAACCAAUGAUAGUUUUUGAUAUGUUGUUGAAUAAAUAUUUCUGCCUUGUUUCCUGUAGUAUAUCCAAGGUCAGUUGUAGAAAUAUUUUUUUUAAAUUACAGCUGCUAUCUGCUGCAAAUUUUGUACAGUGGGUUUAUUAAAAAUAAGGUGGGUUUAUUAAAUUUUUGGGAUUUUUAUUGAAAUCUGCAAGUCUUGGCGUCAUUUAAUGCAAAUAGUAACAACACCCCUCGUGUCCUUUCCAAUUUUUUGCAUUAGUCUCCACUGUGGAGAACACUGCAAAUAUCCUAAGGUAAAGGAUGGGUACAUUUCAAAUAACCAGGAGGAAUUUGUAAAAGUGCCAAUCACAAGGGAAACUUCUGCGGCUAAAGACAGGUAAAUCACCAGGAUUCAAUGGCCUGUACCCAAGGUUAUUAAAGGAAGUGGCUGCAGAGAUAGUGGACCCAUUGGGGUGAAUAUUUUUUCAAAACUAAAUAGAUUCCUUAAAGGUGUGAGCAGGUCACAAGGAUGUUGCUUGAUGGCUUGAAUUAUAAAGAGAGGUCGGAUGGGCUGGGACUGUUUUCCCUGGUGCGAAGGAUGCUGAGCAGUGUCCUCAUAGAGGUUUAAAAAAUCAUGAGGGGCAGAGAUAAGGUGAAUGGUCAGUCUUUUUCCUGGGGUAGGGGAGUCUAAAACUAGAGGGCAUAGGUUUAAGCUGAGAGGGGAAAGAUUUAAAGGUGAACUGAGGGGCAAGUUUUUCACACAGAGGGUGGUGGGGAUGUGGAUCAAGCUGCCAGAGGGAUUGGAAUUGGUUUAUUAUUGUCACUUGUACCGAGGUACAGUGAAAAACUUGUCUUGCAUACCGUUCGUACAGAUCAAUUCAUUACACAGUGCAUUGAGGUAGCACAAGGUAAAACAAUAACAGAAUGCAGAAUAAAGUGUCACAGCUACAGAGAAAGUGCAGUGCAGGUAGACAACAAGGUGCAAGGUCAUAUGAGGUAGAUUGUGAGGUUAAGAGUCCAUCUUAUCGUACUAGGGAACAGUUCAAUAGUCUUACAAGAGUGGGAUAGAAGCUGUCCUUGAGCCUGGUGGUACGUGCUUUCAGGUUUUUGUAUCUUCUGCCUGAUGGGAGAGGGGAGAAGAGAGAAUGUCCAGGGUAGGUGUGGUCUUUGAUUAUGCUGGCUGCUUUACCAAGGCAGCGAAAAGUAUAGACAGAGUCCAUGGAGGGGAGGCUGGUGUCCGCGAUGUGCUGAACUGUGUCCACAACUCCCUACGGUUUCUUGUGGUCCCAGACAGAACAGUUGCAGUUGCCAUUGAAGUGGUAGAGGCAGGUACUAUUACAAUGUUUUAAAAGACAUUUGCGCAGGUACAUGGAUAGGAACGGUUUUGAGGGAUAUGGGCCAUAUACAAGUAAACGAGAUGAGCUCAAGGCACUUGGGUUGGCAUGGAUGAGUUGGGCCGAAUGGCCUGGUUCCAUGCUGUUUAACUCCAUGACUCUAUGUACCAGAAGACUGGAAAAUCUGACUCCCUCGUUCAUAAAGGGAGGAAGAUAGAAGGCAGAGAACGACAGGCCAGUUAGUUUAACAUCUAUUGUCGGCAAGACAUCAGAGUUAGUAAUCAAAGAGGAAAUAACUAAUCAUCAUUUCAUCAUCAAACUCCAUUAAUAGAGAUUUAUGAGUGGUAGAUUUCCUCAAUCAUUGUAGGAUAUCAGUUCCAUUGGAUGUCCUGAAAUCACUAUCAUUUUCCGGGCUGUCAUUCAUUAGCUGUUGAAUAUUGGUUCCCAUCACUAAGGUACUGUUGGAAUGUUUCCAUUAUGAGGAGGGACUGGACAGGCUAAGCUUGUUUUCCUUGGAGCA